CCACGUUGGCCAGGCUGGUCUCGAUCUCCUGACCUUAAGCGAUCUGUCCGCCUCAGCCUCCCACAGUGCCGGAAUUACAGACGCAAGCCACCGCGUCCGCCCUACACCCUUGAAGACCCCGCAGCCAAGGUCCUCUGGCCCUGCUCUGCGCGGCGCUCUGGUCUUGGGGCUCGGGACUCUUGUUAUCCCGGGCAGGGGCCAGUCCGACCCUUUCACCCUUGCCUGGCACCGUCCCUGGAGCCUUGGCGUCCUAGCUUCUCCUCCCCGCGGGCUGGGGAUGGAGUAGCCGGGCCGGAACCAGAGCGCAAAGCAGAUGGCGAGCGCAGAGGUCGGUUCGGCCCCGCCGCGCCGUAAGGCAGCAGCCACCCUGGGGAAGGUGGAUGCCGGAAGGGGCGUCUCCUGCGGGUCACCCAGAGGACGGCCGGCGGGGAAUUCCGAGGGUGGGAGUGAGGAGAGGUAGGAGAGGCCAGGGCAGAGCGAGGCCCCGCGUAGGAUAGGAACCAUCGCCCGGUGCGAGCCUGACCUACCAGGGCCGGCAACUCCUCGGCAGAGCGACAGCGCGGGGUCUCAGAGCGCGGCUCGGAGCCGCACUAGGAGCGCUGGACCGUGGGGGAGAAGCUCGGAGGGCGGGUAGCUCCCAGUAAAGCGGCCUAGCGGAUGUCGGGAGCUAUCUUCGGGCCCCUAGAGGGCCCGAGCUCCCUGGACGCCCCGAGCGUCCACCCGCUGGUGUGCCCGCUGUGCCACGUGCAGUACAAGCGCCCGUGUCUUCUGGACUGCUUCCACGACUUCUGCGCCGGCUGCCUGCGUGGCCGCGCGACUGAAGGCCGCCUCACCUGCCCGUUGUGCCAACACCAGACGGUGGUGAAGGGUCCUAGCGGGCUCCCACCGGUGGACCGGCUGCUGCAGUUCCUGGUGGACAGCUCGGGGGAUGGCGUGGAGGCGGUGCGCUGUGCCAACUGUGACCUGGAGUGCAGCGAGCAGGACGUGGAGACCACGUACUUCUGCAACACGUGCGGACAGCCCCUGUGCGCGCGCUGCCGCGAUGAGACUCACCGAGCACGCAUGUUCGCGCGCCACGACAUCGUGGCCCUGGGUCAGCGAAGCCGCGACGUGCCCCAGAAGUGCACGCUGCACGCAGAGCCCUACCUCCUGUUCUCCACCGACAAGAAGUUGCUGUUGUGCAUCCGUUGCUUCCGCGACAUGCAGGGGGAGAGCCGGGCGCACUGCGUGGACCUGGAGUCGGCUUACGUGCAGGGUUGUGAGCGGCUGGAGCAGGCGGUGCUGGCCGUGAAGGCCCUGCAGACGGCCACGCGGGAGGCCAUCGCGCUGCUGCAGGCGAUGGUGGAGGAGGUGCGGCACAGCGCUGCGGAGGAGGAGAACGCUAUCCACGCCCUCUUCGGCAGCAUGCAGGAGAGGCUGGCAGAGAGGAAAGUGGUGCUGCUGCAGGCUGUGCAGAGCCAAUACGAAGAGAAGGACAAGGCCUUCAAGGAGCAGCUCUCUCACUUGGCCACCUUGCUGCCCACCCUGCAGGUCCACCUGGUCAUCUGUUCCUCCUUCCUCAGCUUGGCCACCAAGGCUGAGUUCCUGGACCUGGGCUAUGAGCUGAUGGAGAGGCUGCAGGGCAUCGUCACGCGGCCGUACCGCCUAAGGCCUGUGCGGAGCAGCAAGAUUGCCAGUGACCACCGAGCCGAGUUCGCGCGCUGCCUGGAGCCGCUGCUGCUGCUGGGGCCACGUCGGGUGACAGCUACUGCAAGUGGUGCUAACAUGCUGGCAGGGGGCUUAGGCCCCAAGGUGCUGACGGGGCCCCGCUGCCCCUCCCCAGUAGGAAAGAUGUCCGGGUCACCCGUCCAAAAGCCUACGCUGCACCGGUCCAUCAGCACCAAGGUGUUGCUGGCAGAGGGCAAGAACACGCCUUUCACAGAGCACUGCCGCCACUAUGAGGACACCUACAGGCAUCUGCAGGCGGAGAUGCAGGGCCUAAAGGACCAGGUACAGGAGCUGCACCGAGACCUCACCAAGCACCACUCACUCAUCAAGGCGGAGAUCAUGGGAGACGUCCUGAGCAAGUCCCUGCAACUGGACGUGCAGAUCGCCUCGGAGCACACCUCCUUAGAGGGCAUGAGGGUCGUCUUCCAGGAGAUUUGGGAGGAAUCCUAUCAGCAAGUGGCUAAUGAGCAGGAGAUUUAUGAAGCCCAGCUCCAUGACCUUCUCCAGCUGAGGCAGGAGAAUGCCUACCUGACCACCAUCACCAAGCAGAUCACGCCCUACGUCCGCUCCAUUGCCAAGGUGAAGGAGCGGCUGGAGCCCAGGUUUCAGGCACCCGUGGAUGAGCAGUCAGAGAGUCUACAGAACACGCACGACGACAGCAGGAACAGCGUGGCCUCAGCCAGGAAUAACCCAGGAAGUGUCCCGGAAAAGAGAGAGAAGACGUCAGAGCCUAAAGGAAACAGCUGGGCUCCGAACGGCCUCUCGGAAGAGCCUCUACUCAAAAAUAAGGAUCAUCACAGAUCCAAACAGAAAAACAGGGGUGACAUCCCCACAUGGAGGGAACACCUGACUUAGCACAUGGGACAGGUCUCCAGGGUCAGGCUUUUAGAGCAGGCACAAGACUGGGACACUGGAGAGAAGGUUGUUCCCAUUGUUUUUAAAAUUUUUAUUUUGAGACGGAGUUUCGCUCUUUGUUGCCCAGGCUGGAGUGUAGUGGUGCAAUCUCGGCUCCCUGCAACCUCUGUCUCCUGGGUUCAAGCGAUUCUCCUGCCACAGCCUCGCGAGUAGCUGGGAUUACAGGUGCCUGCCACCAUGCCCCGCUAAUUUUUUGUAUUUUUAGUAGAGAUGGGGUUUCACCAUGUUGGCCAAGCUGGUCUCGAACUCCAGACCUCAGGUGAUCCACCUGUCUCGGCCUCCCAAAGUGCUGGGAUUACAGGGGUGAGCCACCAUACCCGGCUGGUUAUUUCUUUAAAAGGUAAUCAUUUGUCAAUAAUAAAACCCAGAGACUCUGACAGGCCGUAAUUUCAGGUUCUUUGGCUUGGGCAGUUUUGCUUUUCCCCAUGUUUGCAAGGCACGAAGUCUUCAUCCUUGUCACAGUAGCUUGGGAUGACUCCCAGUCCACAUGGAAAAUAUCAGGGAGUGGCCAUCCAGCAAGAAAUCCCUCGCUUGUUCCACACCUACGCACCGAGCAUCUGUGUGUUAGACCCUGUGCUGGGCAGUGUAGUCCGUCGGGGUGUGCCGGUUUGAGUGUUGGGUUACAAGACUCCACCGCCGAGUAGCACCUGCCCUAUCGCAAAGGAAUCCAGUUCCUCCGGAAUUACAGUCCCACUGUUAACCUGGUGCUACUGGAAAGUUCCACCCGGUAAUCUGAGCAGUGACUCACGGAAGGAUGAGGAACCUUUGCUCCAGCUUCUCUCCCUUUCCAGCAAGGGCAGAGCUCCUAAAGCCAGGGGUUAGCACCUGGCCAGCUUACGUAGCAGAUGGUCUCAGUUACUUCACUGCUUUCCCAAACUCCUGCAGCUCUCCUGCGUCCACCUUCCGUUGAUAGCAAAGCACUGCGUAAGAACAACCUUUUUUCUAGUAGUUUUUUCCAAGCAGUUUUCCAUUUCUCCACAGUACCCUUUCCAUUUAGAGGAGCUUAAUAACUGCUUGUUAAAAAUUAACCCAUGUGACCUAAACUUUUAAAAGUUUUUGUGGCAAAACGAUGCCCAGAUAGUCACAUUUAAGCAAAUAUCCAGCUUGAUUCAGUGAUUAACAGUAAAUGGGUCUACAUGCUAACAUAGCAGCACAUUCAACACAUAACACAUCACUCACAUCAACGUCCACUGCCCCUGCACCUGCUACUUCAGGGCACUGAGGCUCCCGUUCCAAGGCCUUACAAACCUAUGUGGUGGCCUGUAGGGCAAAAGGAAUUAUCAUUACAACUGGUUAGAGGUAGGAAUUCAGAAAGAAAUUGAGGAGGCAAAACACAUGUGGUUUGAGGCUGAAGGCUUAAGACACCUCUUACCCAAGAGUGACCUCAGAGUUUCACAUCCCACACAAUCACACUGUGGUUGAGUGAAAUCAAGUGCGGUUUUAUUUAAGAACUCGAAAGAAUCAUCAGUAUCUGUGAAAGAAAAUCCAAUUUAGAAUAUUUAAAUAAACAUUUCU